AUGGCUGAUAUCAAUGCUUGCAUUAUAAAGGCCAUAAAUCAGCAUCGUCAAUCAGAUUCGGUCUAUUUUUCUUCUCGAGAUAAGCUUGCAUCUUGGGAUUUCUGCUUGCUGCUGAGGAUUGUCUCAUGCACGGUCGUAGACUCCGUGGCAUCACCGCCUGACCUGAGAAUGUGUGGCACGCAUCUAGCUGGUCAUAUCGAGCUGUUUACUGCCCUCGAAUCUGCGUAUCUAUCCAAAUCAUUUGCAGAUCUGGUUCACCAUCCAUCGGUUAUCGCAUUGGUUACCACAGCUAAAGAAGCUGAGGACGAUACGGACAUGGAGCCCAGUGGUCCACGCGCAAAAAGCUCCAGCAACGGAAGCUUGCAAACCGCUUUCGAGGAGCCCUAUCUCGGAGUUGCACAUACACGCUUUAUUGCCGCACUGGAAUACUAUUCCAGCUAUGGAGACAACAAGAAGCCGUAUAUGAAGUCUAUAUCAGUUAUUCAAUCGUCGGGCAUGGGCAAAUCCCGCAUGGUAGAAGAAGCAGCGAAGACUGUGUUUACCAUCCCUGCCAAUAUACGUGAGCCACUUCCCGAGGGUCAAAAAACGUAUCCUCCUCCCGACAUCAAACUUCGUGCAUACUUUAUGGAUCAUGAAAGAAAAAGCGACAAGCUGCUUCAAGCAGAAUAUGCUAUCCUCCUGAAGCACAUAUUUGCUACCGCCAAGUCCAAGUUUGCAUAUGCUCGAGACUACCGAAUGAACAAAAGCCUGACUCUGGCGGCCGCUUGGGCCGAUUACCUCAACCAAGAUCAGACCCCUGAGGAAGUGGGUACUGAGCGUCGAGCACUUUACGAUCAAGCGGUUGGUGCAGCCAUCACAGAAAGGUUGAUGAUUGCGACUGACAGAUAUGAUUCCAAUGGCGUUAGAUUUCAAGAGCUAAAGGGCUCCGUGUCGCUUUACAGUUUAUUCAGGAUUAGAAAAAACGCAUGCUUUUUCUACUUCGAUGAAGCCCAUUGUCUCACCGCGCAGCCUGCAAUCCUUACAGAAUGGCGCACCCGUAACCCGUACCACAACUUGGGCUCAGUCCUGUCAGAACUUGUCGGUCAACCUAUCUUUUUUAUUUUUCUCUCGACCAAUUCCCACAUUCAGAAAUUUGAUCCACCGGUUGGGUCAUAUCCUUCACUUCGUGUUUACAAGGGCACAUACCUUAUCCCCCCUUUUACAGAGCUUCCGUUCGAUAUAUUCGCCAAUCAAACGCUCCAAGAAUUGAGUAAAUCAAACCAGCCUUGGUCUCUGGAAAAUGCUUGCACAGUAGGCGUAAUGUCGAGUAUGGGACGACCUAUGUGGUUCGUACACCACAAAUUAUGGAAUGACCAAAAGAGCACAGGAGAAAAACCACUGGUUGACCAUGUCAUAUCCUUUGCUCGCAUGAAACUCACUGCCGGAGCUGCUGAUUCUACUCCUGAGGCUGAACUUGCUGCCCUCAGUGCCCGGAUCGGACUCACUUUUGAAUCAAUUAGUCCGACCGCUCGUGAAAUGGAGUCCCGGCAAGUCGAGCUAUACAUGCGUAUUCGCGUGUAA